AUAAUAAUAAUAAUAAUAAUAAAUAGAGGUUCACUUCCUUGAGAUUUCACCUUCUCCCGUGCGAGGUGGAAAGCAGGACAUACUGUUCAAUUGAAGCAAACUCCAUAACUACCUAACUCGGCCUAGUAAUUGAUAAUGCAUCUUGGUUAGCUCCUCGGAAUGUGCUUACAGACAAAGUCUGGGGAUACCUGAAAUACAAUGCCGCCGCUCAGUCUCGAAGACCUGAAAACAGUUGUUUCUGCGCUGGCGCAGAAGCUUGAUUCAUUAAAUAUCGACUAUGCCAUCAUGGGGUUGCUGCCACCUGUCUGCUCCUCACAUGCUUCCCGAACCAACUCGGGCACACCAUUCCUGCAUACAAACUGCACCGACCAGAAGCAUUCGGGUCGCUACAUGGAAGACGUCCAGUAUCAGCGGUCGAGGGAAGCAACCGAUAUUCGUGAUCUCAUGAAUAUGAUCCCCUUGGCUGUGCCGGGGAGACCAGAGCUCGACUUGAAUCAGAGCCAAGAGUUGCGAAAUGAAAAGAGGCCAGCUUUGGCUCAGGCUCUAAAGGCUUUGAAAGAUCAAAUGCAGCACUAUUUUCCAAAACUAGAACGCUUUUCUGCCAUUCUCUUAAACCCAGUUAUUGACCGAGCGAUAGAGUUUCACGAAGGUAGAAGUUUCCAAAACCCUCCUUCAGCCAGUUGUCAAGUUCAUAUGGAGCUUGCCAUCUGUGGUGGUCUUCUGGGACGCUACGGUGUGCUACGGAUGUUACUGCAACCUGUUACCUGGGAACGCCAAUGGGCUCUUUGCCGGAGCCGAGGCGCUUUGAAAUGCGCCGUUCAAUGGGGCCAAAAUUGGCCUCAUGGAUCCAAAGUUGGUACUGUACCAUUCCACUACCUACUUAUCCGAACAAUGAUCGAGAUCAUCAUUCUCGAACCUCUACAUAUCCUCAUCAGGGAUACGCAGCACCUCAGUGUCUCGCCCCACACAGAAAAACCAGCAUCCCUCUCUUCAUCAAUCGCGGCCCUAACAAAGCUUUCAGCCAGUGCCUGCACCAACAGGUAGUGUAAAUUGUUGUAGACAUCAAAUUGCUCUGUUAUCACUGUAUAUCAGUAUAUCAUGUGUUGUUUGAAGGGCAGGAAAUGUCUUUCUUCUAGAGCAUGGUGUGCAAAUGAAUUUGGAAAUAGAUACACCUGCAAGCCUUUUUCCACUGGAUCACCAUUGUGGAUAAUCAAAUACUGCACAAGACUGAUCCAAGCAUUUGUAGUUGGUGUUUAUUCCCUUCAACAUCUGU